UCUGGUCACACUGCUGUUUUGUGAUCGCGAUCGAAAGACGGGAGAAAAUUCGUUUAAUUAAGUUUAGUGCGACAAAAAAAUAAAAUAAAUAACUUGAAACAAAUCCGAACAUUUGCAUUAAUAGUGUGUGGAGUCCUGAGUGCAUGAGAAAAUCUAAACGAAAAAACGGGAAACGAAGAAAGCGAGCUAGAAAAGUGAAAAGAGAGCUAUAGUGAAUAAGCACCAAAAUAUUUAAAUCACAAUAUUGAAUGCCUGAAAACAAACAAAAGGUCGCGGGACAACAAAGGAAAAUCAACGAACGUGCACGGAGUUCUAAUUAUUUGGUCUCCAGCUGUGACAGAUGAUGGCCUAAAAUGGCGGCUACACCACCAAUGCCGCCCGGAUCAAACACCCACCAAUUGAAUGGCAAACCUGUCGGCAAGGGCAACCCCCUAACCGAAGCGAUCAAUCAGCACUUUCAGCGCAAGAAUCAGACCCAGAACCAGAACCCAAACCCAAGUAAAAAUCCGAAAACAAACAGUCCCGGCAGUCGCAACGGGAGCAAUGAGCAGCUGGAGCUGCUGGAGCACCCACCGCAUCCGCAGCAAGAAGCCACCAGUGGCAAGUCCAAGCCGAGCUGUAAUUGCACCAACAUUAGUAUUAUGCACCUGUUCCAUGAGAUGAAGCAGGAGUUCCCCACGAUACCCGAUGCCAUGCUGACGCAAUGCGUCAAUGAGAAUUGCCAUCAGCGCGAAAAUUGCAUCCAGAUGUUAAGGAAGGAGCUAGCCCUGCAUCCCAUCCCAGUGCAAAGCUAUCCGGCCAAGGUGUUGCAGCAGCAGCAACAGAAUCACAACAGGCAGGCCAAACCUCCCACGCCGCUCAAGCCGUCGCGGGUAGCACCCCCGCAUCCGGAAUUGGGGCAGAGCAAUGGAGAGGCUACUCCGCCAAGUGUUUUUACUCCCCAUCCAAAUCCACAGGCCAGGCCACGACCCACGACGCUCAAUCUGCAGCGCCAAUUUAGUACACAGCUCCAGCAGAAGAUUCAGCAACGCCAGCAGCGUCAACAGAAUGAUCACCAGCCGCCCCAGCUGACGCCAACGUCCUUGAGCAAGCCAUUGCGUCGUGCACCGCCACUUCCGCCGCCGCCUAAGCCAAAGCCCGGCAGUUUCUCCAACGAUUCCUCCUGUCUCACCAGCCCCAUGAGCUCCAGCGAAUCGGAGCUCUCGUUAAAUGCGGUCUCCUUAUCGUCGCCUACGCCGUCAGCGGCCAGAGUUGCGGGAGCGUCAACAGCAAUCGCACCAGUGCAACAACAACCCUCACCCGUGCGACAUCGCUCAGUCAUUACGCUUCAGCCAGAGCCGCCGUACGCGCGCGACUUUCGCAGCAGUGACUUUCUGCCGCCGACGACGACAUCAACACCGCCGCUUCCUUCGCCCAACUCGGCAGCGUCACCUGGUGCUGCUGGCGGUCGCAAGAGCUUUACAUCGCUUAAUCUCACGUUGCGCCAGCCGACGGGAUCGGCGCAAUCGGCCAUCGACAUCACAGCUGGUCCGGCGCCCAGUGGUCAGGGCAGUGGGAUAACCUACUCCAGUGUUAGCUUUGACGCGCGUCGUGGAACACACAAGAACUUUCAGCUGACGGUGACGGACGAGGGCAGCGUCUUCAGUGCGGGCUGCAUCCGCCCGAGGAGGCCGUACGCCGCCGCUUGUGAGCCGGUUUCAAGUGUGCCGGCGAAUCACCAGCCUCCGGCGCCAGCAGCAGUGGUGGCCGAUGGUCUUGGUGACCCCGAGAUGUCGACCGACGUGUUCCCGUACCCAACGCAGGAGCAGAACCACAUUGUGGCCUCCAACUACAGCAACAACUAUGCAGUCAGCAAUAACAACAACAACAGUGGGAUCAGCAGCAGCGUGGACAGUAGUCCCACGAUGCCGCUUUACGAAGGAGUCCUGGAGGAGUGCGACCGCGAAGUCCAUGCCGCCACCAUUGAGCGGCAGAAGAAGCGGCGCGACAAGCUGGCCAAUGCGCUAAGGGACAACAAGAAGAAGCUGCUGGUCCUGGAGCAGGAGAUCAACAUCCUGACCGAGCCGGUGCCGUUGGGCGAAUCUGAAAGACUGGAUAGAGAUAUCAUGCAACUGACUGAGGACUGUAAUCGGCUGCUUGACUGCAUAUAUGAACCGCAGGCGGCUGGCCCUGGUCCCGCGGCAAACUCUAUGAGUCGCCAGCACCCUUCACCCGGCAGCAAUGCUCCCCAGCAGCAGCAGCCGCAGCCACAGCCAUUCCCGCGCCAGCGCCAAGGUGCUCGCACCCAGGCGCCGCCCAAUUCGCUGCGUUUGCACUCGGUGCCGGCGGCACCCACCUCGCAGCCGUCCUUGGACUUUGGACAGCAUCACAGUAGUGCUCCGACCUCGGCCUGCCUCACGCCCCAGCAACAGAGCCAGCAGCAGCAUUUCCAGCUGCAGCAUGAGCCGCCGCCCACGUAUGCCGAGUACUAUCAGUUCCAGCAAUAUCUGCAGCAGCAGCGCCAGCAGAUACAGGAGCAACAGUUGCGGCUGCAGCAGCAGGUGCAACAGCAGCCGCCGCCACAGCAGGAGGAGGAGUUCUUGUCCGACUCCGAUGUGGACGAGGAGGAGGAGCCAAUGGACUCGUGGGCCUGCAACAUGUGUACAUUCCGCAACCAUCCGCAACUAAAUAUUUGCGAGGCCUGUGAGAACGUUAGGAUCCAGCCGGGUAUGAUACGCAUUGUUCCCACCGGAGGCGGGGCCGCUGCUGCAGCAACGCCCCCCGGCAGCCUUGAGCAGCAACAGCAGCCGCCCCAGCAGCCGUACGCCCUGCAUACAUAACCCACAAGCUGCAGCAAACGAUCCCAAAGUUCUCUUAACGUGCAUGAGGUCGCUUCCGACAGUUCCUGCAUGCUCGACUUUGAUACUGUGAUAGCAUUUAAUUUAGUAGACAGCAGGUGCUUUAUCCACUGCAUGGCUCAACCUGAAAGACAUGUCCCAAACGACAACGUUAGUGAACGCGAAAUCGGAAGGACGGGAACGACUUGCUUAAGCGCGACCUGCUUAAAUUAUUCUAUUUGAUUUAUAUUACUUGCAAUCGCCUCAGCCUCAGGCCGUUAACUUUAACAGUAACCCCUAACCGUUAAACUAGUUUAAGCCAUCGAAAAACAGAGUUUAUUAUUUUUAGCGACCUUAAAAAUAAAUAAAGAACGUUAUUUAAAUAUUUACACAA